CUUGCAAUUUAAUCUGUCAUGUCGGUUAUACUGUCAAUUCCAAUUGUACUGACUGUUAUUUGGCUAGUAUCUGUGAUGCAGACAGUCCAUGUAUGAAUGGAGGACAGUGUAUACAGUAUUCACCUCCUGAUAAUUAUACUUGUAAUUGUACUGGUACAAGAUUUCAGGGAGUCAACUGUACUGAUCGUGUCACUAAUGGUUCAUGUCCUGCUAAUGCAACAUCGAUAUUAGUAUUAAAUGAUGGAACCAUCAAUGUGCCAUUGACAAAACCAGUUUGUAUUCGAUGCAGAUUUAUUAGUAAUCAAGGUGAUUUUAUUUCCUUCUCUGAUGGUGUAUGGAGGAAAGGUAGUACUGUACUAAGUGAUGGUGACUUUAGUGGAAAUGUUAUAAUAUCAAAUACUUCUAAUACAUUGUUUCUUACUCUUGUACAUCCUGCUACUGUUGUUGAUGUUGGUGAUACACUGACAUGCUCAUCAUUUUCAGCUGACCAGCAAUCUGUCAUUACUAUUGGAGCUUUUAACUUUUUAAACCCAAGAGUAUCUCCUAAUGGCACU